CAUCUCUGUCUGUUUUCGGGGCGUUCCUUCAUGCCGCACAUGCGAUCUAUGUUCCGUCCGCGCUCAAUGUAAACGGCUAAAAUAGAAAUCGAUUGUUGUUUCUAUUCCUGUGGAUUUAGGUCGGGUUUAUUCGAAAUAUCAGUGCUAUGGCGAUCCGGUAAAUAAUAGCAUUCACAAUGUUCGUCGUAAGUUUGUUGGUGUUGGUGGCGGUGGGGGCGCCAGGGUUGUCAGCACACCUGCACCAUGCCGUCGAGACUGAGAUGUUCGCCAUACCUAUCAGCCCUAACUUAUUCAACUGGACUUAUCAAGAGUUCGACCAGCAAUACCGCUUCCACGCUGCCAUGCUGGGCAAACCGGAGCUACCUGCGUGGCUUCAUUAUAUCUACAGCGGACGACACCACUCAGGGUUCAUCUUCGGAACGCCGCCGCGAGGGAGCAGAGGCUCCCUCCAGAUCGAAGUAAUCGGCUUAAAUAGACAGGACUACGAGACGCGGCGGGUGUUACUGACGUUGGACAUACAGCUCAAGGAGAAGAUGGCACGCCAUGAGGUCGAGCUCAAGAUCGAUAACCUGAACGUAGAAGAUCUAUUGGAUGAGCACAAGAUGACCCGUUUGAAGGACAUCUUGAGAACGAAGCUCUGGACGGAGAGCAGUGGCGAUCUGUACGCGACCUUCCUGUCGUCUGCCAUCGACCUCGGAGCUCGGCUGCCUUUGAAGCCAAGUGAUGGUGAAGGGUUGGUAGUCCGCCUCGGCAGUUCCAUGCCAUUUUCGCUGGAACUGAAGAGGCUGCGCGAGGAGGUGCGCCCUCUGUCCCGUCUGCCCAGCUGCCCCCGAGAGUACAAGCGGACCACCGUGGAACGACUCUUCAGGGACGCUGGGCUGACGCUGGACUGGUGCAGUUUUGAACUGUACAACACGGUCUACAAGGAGCGCUCAACCCUUCACCUGGAGUACUUGACCGAAGUGCCCAACACCAGUAAAACCGCCAAAUCCUUCAAGGCUCUUGACACCAAAGAUAUCUGGACCGCACCCAGCAAGGAGUCGCUCCCAUGCCGCAGCUACCGUCGGCUGGUGACGGGCGCGGUGCUGGUCCCGCUGAUGCUGCUCCUGCUGUGUGUGUCCGCGCUCACCGCCGCCGUCUGCGCGCUGCACGCCACCGUCCGAGAUCCAGUGUCAGAUAAUUUUCUGGAUAAUAUAUUCCACAUCUGUAUUGACUAUAGAAAUAGGAGGAGGGCCCACAAGUCAAGAGUGGAAAUGUGCCGUUACGGCACUGGCAACACCGAGCAGACACAAGUAGCUGACAACACUAGCAACAAGAGCCUUGGAGUGAGCCCCAACAACAGUCUCGCACGUCCGUACAGUCCUAAAUCGACGACCAACCUGGCUGGCAACUACAACCGCCCGCAACCACCCCCCUACAUGGGUUCAGCAACCAACUCCCUCCACCAUCGCAAAUCAACCGACAGGACCCCAUCCACCAGUGGUCACACUCCUGAACACCGCACCCAUCUACUCGAAGAAUCCCUAAAACUCCUGAACGAAGCGAAAAUCGAUAGCUUAUCGAUUAAAGAUCCGAUAAUCGAUUUGAACGAUGGCACCGAAGAUUAUGUUCCGAUUAAACCUGAUGCGUCUGGCUAUGUUUCCAUGAAGGAUUUGGAUGACAUCGAUGUUCCCGACCUGGCCAAGUUUGGCAUCGCUGGGCCCAUAUGACAUGAGGUAAUGGCGGGAGAACCGCCCGUUAAAACAUGGUUUUGUUAAUCCACUUGUUAAUGCAAAAAAUUGCAGAAUUUUUCUUCAUUUUUUUUGGUAUUGAAGCUAUUUUGGCUUGUUAAAAAAACAAUAGGAAAGGUUUUUCUUUUUCUAAUGACUAAGCACACACUCGGAAACGAAAAUUGCAAAAAAAAAAACACUACAUUUUUCCAAAAAUAGUUCAAUAUAAUCAUACCGCUAAGAUUUUUCGGAUCAGACCUAUUUUGGCGAGUUAAAAAAACAAAAGGAAAGCAUUUUAUUUUUCCAAUUACCAAACACACACUCGGGAACUACAUUUUUCACUCAAAAAAGUAUUAAGGCAAAUAGUUCAAUAUAAUCAUAUCGCUAUGAUAUUUUAAUUAUAAUCUAGGUGUCUUAAGGAUAGGAGGUUGUCUAAUAAUAUUUAUAAUUAAAUAGUAGUUACAUUACGUAAGUAAAUCGUCACCGAUAGAUGGAAUGAGCUUAAAAAACGUAUAAUUUUGCACAAAAAAUACACUCAAAAUGAAAUGGUAUUAAACAAUGAAUUCGAAAUGAUAUUAGAAAUUUUAACAUUACUGAACGAUUUAGUCUAACAAAUUCAAGUUCUAUCUCCAAGACGUAAGAAUGAUAUUAAAUUGAUAGCAAGUUAAAAUUGCAAAACCAAAAUAUUUCUGUCGGCUAAUACUUGCUUUAAUACAAUACACAUAAG